UCUAUAUAUAUAUAUUAUUUAUAUAUUAUUUUCUUUCCCCCGAGCGCGAAUUUUCCCCCUCCCCUCCCACCCCCGCCAAGAAAUUAAUGGCCAUGAGCUCAUUUUUGAUCAACUCCAACUAUGUGGACCCCAAGUUCCCACCCUGCGAGGAAUAUUCCCACAGCGAUUACCUCCCCAACCACUCGCCGGAAUAUUACCAGAGGCACCGCCACGACUCUUUCCACCACGAAUCCAACUCGUACGAGCCACGAUCCUCGUGCAAGGAGCAGAUUUACUGUCCCGGCUCCGGGAUGUCCCCGCGGGGUCACAUCCACGGCGGGCCGGGCCAGCGGAGCCGCCUCCCGGAGCCGCAGCGGGGCCGCAGCCCCAGCUCGCCCCCAUCCUGCAGCCAAAAUCCGGGAGAGCCCCGAGAGGAGCCCGUGGUUUACCCCUGGAUGAAAAAAGUGCACGUGAGCACGGUGAACCCCAAUUUCUGCGGCGGGGAGCCCAAGCGCUCGCGCACGGCCUACACGCGGCAGCAGGUGCUGGAGCUGGAGAAGGAAUUCCACUACAGCCGCUACCUGACGCGCCGGCGCCGCGUGGAGAUCGCCCACGCCCUGGGCCUGGCCGAGCGCCAGAUCAAGAUCUGGUUCCAGAACCGCCGCAUGAAGUGGAAAAAGGAUCACAAGUUACCCAACACCAAGAGCCGCGCGGGAUCCGCCGCUGGAUCCCUGCAGAUCCCGCAGGGAGGAGCCCAGAGUCAGAUCCAGCCGGGGGGAGCCCAAAAUCAGAUCCCGCAGGGGGGAUCCCAAAGGCAAAUCCCGCUGGGAGGAUCCCAAAAUCAAAUCCCACAAGGAGGAUCCCAAAAUCAGAUCCCACCAGGAGGAUCCCAAAGGCAAAUCUCACUGGGAGGAUCCCAAAAUCAGAUCCCACAAGGAGGAUCCCAAAGGCAAAUCCCUCUGGGAGGAUCCCAAAAUCAAAUCCCAGCAGGAGGAUCCCAAACGAGGAUCCCACCAGGAGCACCCCAAGUGCAAAUCCCAGCAGGAGGGUCCCAAGUGCGGAUCCCACCGGGAGGAUGCCAAUCACAGAUCCCACCGGGAGGAUCCCAAGCGCAGAUCGUGCAGGGAGGAUCCCAAAAUCAGGUCCCACAAAGAGGAUCCCAAACGCAGAUCCCACCUGGAGGAUCCCAGAUGCAGAUCACACAAGGAGGAUCCUAAACGCAAAUCCCGCAAGGAGGAUCCCAGACUCGAUCCCACCUGGAGGAUCCCAGACACAAAUCCCACCAGGAGUAUCCCACACUUGAUCACACAAAGAGGAUCUGAAACUCCAUCCCACCAGGAGGAUCCCAGACUCGAUCUUGCCAGGAGGAUCCCGGACUCGAUCCCACCAGGAGGCUCCUAAGUACAAAUCCCACCAGGAGGAUCCCAAAUGCAAAUCCUGCAAGGAGAAUCCCACACUUGAUCCCACAAAGAGGAUCCCAAACUCAAUCCCACCAGGAGGAUCCCAGACACAAAUCCCACUGGGAGGAUCCCACGCUUGAUCCCACAAAGAGGAUCCCAAAUACAAAUCCUGCAAGGAGGAUGAUCCCAAACUCGAUCCCACCAGGAUGA